CUCGCUGACCACCCGAGCCCCUUCCGCAGCGUCCACAUCGCCCACUGCUCUCUUACGUCCGGUGAGCGUGAGCUAGGCGAUUGGGCGCGCCUCCUCGCUGCCAAGGGCGUCCAGGACCUCGUCUUCCUCGACAAUCCACCCUUGCCGCGCCGCGCCGCCGCCAUCACCCGAUGCGCCUCGCUCCGCCGGCUCCCGGCCGACAUCCUCCGUUGCGCCUCGCUCCACCGGCUCUUUCUUGGAACCUGCGCGUUCCCGGAUACCGCCGGCACUCCCCGUGGCCCUGACGUCUUCCCCCACCUCAAGGAGUUCAGCAUGCUGAGCGGCAACAUGAGUGAGCAGAGCACGACCUCGAGCACAUGCUUGCCUGCAGCCCCGAGCUGGAGACCCUCGCGCUCAUCAUCAGCAGAAUGACCAAGCGCAUUCACCUCCGCGGCCAAAGCCUCAAGUGCAUGCGCCUCUGGACGGGUGUGGUAGAGGGGCUCGCAGUGGUGGAUGCUCCGCACCUGGAGCGGCUCAUCCUCUGGAAAUCGGUUGGUGAUUAUCACCAUAUGGUACUCAAGAUUGGCAACACCAUCAUCAAUGCUCAGACAAAGGCAAGCCCAAGUUGCAUCGUCCCAAGUGUCAAGAUCUUGGCUUUAGAGCUGAAUUUUGGUGUUUCUAAGGAUGCCAAUAUGCUAACCAGCUUCCUCAGAUGCUUUCCCAAUGUUGAGACACUGCACAUUGUGUCUUCUAAAGCUGGUGAAGAUACUGGCAGGCACCACGCCAAGUUCUGGCUGGAGCUUGACCCUAUCAAGUGCGUGAAGUCACAUAUCAACAAAAUUAUUAUCCAUGAAUUCCAAGGGGAACAAAGCGAGUUCGGAUUCGUCAAGUUCAUUGCCAAGCGUGCUCGGAAGCUCCAGACUUUGGUGCUUGUGUUGACCGAAGGAACAUUUGCUUCAGUGGGCGAGGUGUGUGAAGUGAAUAGCCAACUGAAGGCUCUAACAAGAUGUUCAUGGGCAGCUGAAGGAUGUCAAGUGCUGCUGGUGGGGCCUAAAUUAAAUUGCACAUGGAGCUUCGCUAGAGCAUCUGAUCUGUCGGUUAAAGACCCGUUUUGGUAAUGAACUUGAAGGUGGCUGCAUUUUUCAUGAUGUAAACCUUGAGGAAAUGAUUUAAUCUCAAUUCUGUUGCUGUGUCUCAGCAUUUCUUUUCUGGAAGUAGGCAUGUUUCAACUUUCAACUAGCACAAAUGGUUGUAAGUGUUGAAGUUACUAGCGCUAUUAAAUGAUGUAUCCUUAGUUCCUUACAUGUUUGAUGAGA